AUGGGGCGUGCCCAAAGAUUUGAGAGGAAGCAGUUGGCUAAAACGGGCUUACCCGAUAUAGGAAAAAGGCCGCAGCUUGUGUGCAAACAUUGUCUGGCCGCUUACGGAGAUAAAGCACGAAACGACGACCCACCCGCACCCAAGAUCGUGAAGAACGCAGCACGAUCUAACACCGUGGUCGAAGAGGUUUCGUCUACAAGUUCUGACAAGCACCAGCGGCUUAUCCGUAAGUACUUUGACAAGGUAUUUAGUGAGGACGAGCUCGAAGAGUCUGAGCGUCUGCUCAUCCAAUUUCAAGCCGAUAACUGCUUGCCAGAUCGCUGUGUAGAAAAGCUGUCAACGUUGCGUAUCUUCAUCUUUCUGAACAAGGCAUGUGCCCGUGCUAUUCCGAAACGUAAACAAUUGACUCGUAUUUUGGACAAGUACAGCAACGUAGAAGAAGAGGGCCAGCUCCUGGCACUGAGCAACAGACUCGAGUUCAGCGGAGGACGACUGAACUUCCUGCCUGAUGUGUGGCAGAAUAUUGCAAAGUUGCACUUGUUGGAGUGUAUGCUAGCUUUAUUUGGUACAAUUGUGACUUAUGGACUAUUUCCUACCGGCUCAAGACAUGACGGCAUUGCAAUUGCGGAACAAAUGGAGUACGUUAUGAUUGAGAUCAAGUCAAAGGGAUGGGAGAUCGGUGCAGUUGUAACCGACAACGCAGGUCAGUGUGGUCGAGCCUGA